UGUCGAUGCUCUCGUGUCCCGCGGAAAUCUUGUUCGCCUGUACAGCGAGUUGAUUUUCUCGGGUAUGCGAAGAUGUGGCUCACUUCGGAUACUACUACGUUCAAAUUGAGGAGAUCGCAACAGUCGUCCGCUGCCGCAUCUCAGCAUGCGGGCAUUGUGACGAGCAACGGUGAUGCCAACUGUCCCUUAUUGUUCUUGUAGUUGUUCCGAAAGAGGGACGCUUAUAUUCAUUCUAAAGCGUCGGCAUCUAAUCGGCAGAAGGAAAACUGAUCGGUCAAUACAGCACCGUCUCAGCGCUGAGCGUCAAAGUUCCCUCCAUUGUUGCUUCCAACCGCAUUGUUCCCUUUCUCUUUUUCUCUUCAAAUACCUCUCAUCGACCCUCAUCCCAUCUCAAAUAGGCAUCCUCAUCCAUCCCCUGGCAAUACACAGAACACACAUAAUUUCUCUACAUUCAUAUCGUUAUUCAUAUUUCCGCACAACAUGCAAGCCAUCCCAUCCCAUCGCAUCCACUCCAUCCACGGCUCCUUUAGCCCCGGCUAUACGCAUGUACGACCAGUAUCGGCAGCGCAAGCAUUGUCCUUCACAUAUCUGCCAAACGUCUCCGUCGCCUCGGCGCGCGGACGAGGAUUCGCUCUUCCGAUGAGCCCCGAACGUUCGGCAUCGAUACAUGCGCCAUCGUCGGGCUCUCGCUCUCGGGUCGUAGCGUAUCAUUAUCCGCUGAGCACUCGCCGUGCUCCACCACCACCACCAGCACGCAUCCCACGCACCACGAUGACGAGCAUUGAAGACCCAUUCAACGACGAGUGCGUAGAACUCGUGAGCCCCCUACCUCGUGCGGCACAACCAUCGUCCCCAUCCCUGAUCGCUUCCCGAACACGCUUGUCCCCCGCCACGAUCCCUGAACCGUCGGUAUCCGAGACAACCUCCAACAUCGUCGCGUUAUUGGACCCACCCACCUCACAUGCCCCGAUGUCUGUGCCUCCCGGCAUCGAGCAGACUCCAGCGAUUCAGCUCUUUGCAAGAGGCAGGCUGGUCGCCUGCGUACUACUGAGCCGCAACUGCGGACGACCACUGCGGAGACGGCCUGAUACUGCUGGCACGGGUAGGGCGUACGUGAGGAGCUGUCUCUCGAAGAUGGUCGAAGUCGAGGUGUAGUCAUCGGCGUGUCGUGCAAAAUCUCGGUUCAUUUUCCAUCAUGAUACAAAUCUGCCUUGCAUUUUGUCAAUAUCACCAUAUCCCAUCACAUCCAGCAUUCUCCUCUCGGGUUUCGGCGCUUUUCUUCGCUUGCACGACGCUAGGUCUCGUUGUACGAGUACAUGUAAAAAUACGCGUAAUCUUCAUCGCAUCCUUCAUUUUGAUGAUGUAUCAUACAAUGCUGCUCUCGUAACAUAGCCCUAUUCUCCGUUUAUAAUACAUAGCAACUGGCGUUGUUGAACAGCUGCCUAGACGGUCGCGUCCC